CGCUUCUUCACUGCUGGCGUCUCAGUGAGUGAGCAAGAACAAUUCUUUCCCGCGAAAACUGAGAAGGAACUGAAAUGGAGUCGCUUCAUUUCAGCUCAAACUACUCCUCUUUUCUCUGCACCACUAUUCCACUGACCACUUGUUCUCCCUUGAGCAGCUCAAGAAAACCCAAGAUUCGCGUCCGCGUCCGCGUCCGAAUCCGAUCCUCAGUGACCCCAGACCCGUGGUCUCUCAGCGACGGAAACCCGGACCGGCCCAAGCCCAAGUCCAAGCACCCAAAGAACCCUCUCUCCGACGACAACGCCCGCCGCAUAAUCAAGUCCAAGGCCCUGUACCUGAGCGCCCUCCGCCGCAACCAGGGCCCACACGCCCAGACCCCUAAGUGGAUCAAGAGGACGCCGGAGCAGAUGGUCCGCUAUUUGCAGGACGACAGAAACGGCCACCUCUACGGCCGCCACGUCGUCGCCGCCAUCAAGCGCGUGAGGUCACUCUCCGAGAAGGCCGAGGGCGAGUACGACAUGAGAACCGUCAUGUCGUCUUUUGUGGGGAAGCUCAGCUUCAGAGAAAUGUGCGUGGUGCUUAAGGAACAAAAGGGGUGGAGGCAAGUCAGGGACUUGUUUUCCUGGAUGAAAUUGCAGUUAAGCUACCGCCCAAGUGUGAUUGUGUACACUAUAGUUCUAAGGACAUAUGGGCAAAUUGGGAAGAUCAAGCUGGCUGAGCAGACCUUCUUGGAGAUGCUUGAAGCUGGUUGUGAACCUGAUGAAGUUGCCUGUGGAACCAUGCUCUGCACAUAUGCCCGGUGGGGCCGCGAAAAGGCUAUGCUGGCAUUUUAUUCAGCUGUGCAGGAAAGAGGGAUUCUACUCUCUGUUGCUGUUUAUAAUUUCAUGUUGUCCUCAUUGCAGAAGAAAUCGCUCCACGAGAAAGUCGUGCAGGUUUGGAGACAGAUGGUGGGGGAGGGAGUUGUGCCGAAUAAGUUUACUUAUACUGUAGUGAUUAGCUCGCUUGUCAAACAAGGCCUUGUUGAGGAGGCUCUCAAGUGUUUUGAUGAGUGUAAGAGUGUUGGAUUUGUUCCUGAGGAGGCGACUUAUAGUCUGCUCAUCAGUUUAAGCACCAAAAGUGGCGACUAUGACCAGGCACUAAGAUUGUAUGAGGACAUGAGAUCUAUGAAAAUUGUUCCGAGCAACUACACCUGUGCUUCAUUGCUCACUUUGUAUUACAAAAAGGAGGAUUAUUCUAAAGCCCUUUCUCUCUUUUCAGAAAUGGAGAGAGAGAAAAUUGCGGCUGAUGAAGUCAUAUAUGGGUUGCUGAUUAGAAUAUAUGGAAAGCUUGGUCUUUAUGAGGACGCUCGGACAACAUUUAAAGAGAUGGAGCAGCUGGGUCUACUUAGUGAUCAGAAAACAUAUUUAGCAAUGGCACAAGUCAAUCUCAAUUCAGGGGAUUAUGACAAAGCUUUGGAGGUCAUUGAACUAAUGAAGUCUAGAAACAACAUUUGGCUCUCAAGGUUUGCUUAUAUUGUCUUAUUGCAGUGUUAUGUUAUGAAGGAAGAUCUUAGUUCUGCAGAAGUUACAUUUCAGGCUCUAUCCAAGACUGGACUCCCAGAUGCAGGUUCUUGUAAUGAUAUGCUCAAUUUGUAUACAAGACUCGACUUAAUGGAAAAGGCCAAGGACUUUAUUGUCCAGAUAAGAAGAGACCGAGUAGAAUUUGACGAGGAGCUUUGCAGAACAGUUAUGAGUAUAUAUUGCAAGGAGGGAAUGGUUGGAGAUACUGAACAGUUAAUAAAAGAGCUCAGCUCAAGUCCAUUAUUCAAAGAUAGUAGAUUCAUCCAAACAAUUUGUAGGGCUAUGUAUGAACACAAGGAUGAUGAACAACUUGAAGGUAAACUUGUGACCUUUUUCCAGCCGGAUACUACAGCCCUUGGGUUGGUGCUUAGUCUCUAUCUUGCAAUUGGCAAUAUGAGUAAGACAGACAAAGUUGUGGCGUUGUUGCUUGAGAAUUCUGGUGGCUUAUCAACUGCUAGUCAGCUCAUCAGAAAUAUUAUCAGAGAUGGUGAUGCAUAUAAAGCAGAAAUUCAUAUCAAUCAAUUGCUCAAGCUUGGCUGCAGAGUGGAUAAUGCAACAAUUUCUUCUUUGAUUAAUUUAUAUGGAAAGAAACACAAGCUGAAAAAGGCCGAAGAGAUAUAUACAGCAUUUGCAGAUUCACCACUAGCUAAAAAGUUACUAUGUAACUCACUGCUUGAUGCUUAUGCCAAAUGUGGUAAAUCAGAGGAAGCAUACUCACUUUACAGACGGCUUACAGAAGAAGGGCAUGAUCUGGAUGCUGUUGCCAUCAGCAUAGUUGUGAAUGCUUUGACUCAUAGUGGAAAACAUAGAGAAGCAGAGAACGUCAUCCGCCAAAGUCUUGAACACCGAUUGGAGCUUGAUACUGUGGCAUACAAUACUUUCAUUAAGGCUAUGCUGGGAGCAGGUAGGUUACAUUUUGCUUCUAGUAUCUAUGAGUGCAUGCUUUCUGAGGGGGUUACUCCAUCAAUUCAGACAUAUAACACCAUGAUCAGUGUUUACGGACGUGGUAGAAAGUUGGAUAGGGCUGUGGAAAUGUUUAAUACAGCUUGUAGCUUGGGUUUGUCUCCAGAUGAAAAGGCAUACAUGAAUUUGAUUAGCUACUAUGGAAAAGCUGGAAAAAGGCAUGAAGCUUCCAUGCUAUUCACCAAAAUGCGUGAAAGCAUAAAACCUGGGAUGGUAAGUUACAAUAUAAUGAUGAAUGUAUAUGCUACUGGAGGACUUUAUCAAGAAGCUGAGAAAUUAUUCAAAUCCAUGAAGCAAGAUGGUUGGUUACCUGACUCAUUCACUUACCUCUCCCUAGUUCGAGCUUACACAGAGAAUUUGAAAUAUUCAGAAGCAGAGGAAACCAUUAAUUCUAUGCAAGAAGACGGUGUCUAUCCUUCAUGUUCACAUUUUAACCUCAUUCUCUCUGCAUUUGCCAAAAUGGGAUUGAUAGGGCAAGCAGAAAGAGUUUAUGAGGAACUACUUGCAGCAGGUUUAAGCCCAGAUGCAGCUUGUUAUGGGAAUAUGCUGCGAGGUUACAUGGACUACGGACACGUGGAAGAAGGCAUCAAAUUCUAUGAACAAAUAAGUGAGUCUAUAAAGGCAGACAGGUUUAUUUUGAGUGCAGCUGUGCAUUUUUACAGAUCUGUAGGAAAGGAAGUAGAAGCUCAGAGUGUUUUGCAUUCCAUGAGUAGCAUGGGAAUUUCAUUUCUGGAGAACCUAGAAGUUGGAUCCAAGCUAAAAUCUCCGCCAAUGUUGCAGAACUGAUUUAGUGAUGGGCUGUUGUAUGGCUGACGAAACAGCAGAUAAUCUCUAGAAAUUAUACGUCAAUGACAAACGGACGAACUAAAGCAUGCCUCUGGUGUAUCCGGAGUUGAAGUUGUGAGAGAGAUGCUGUAUGUUUAUCCUGAAGACCAACAAGCAAUACAAGAUUGCAUACUAACAGCACUCCGGAGGGUAAACUUUGAUUUCUAGUCCUCCUUUACUUAAGUGGGAGAAAGAUAUGUAGCAGUUGCUUAAGACUAGAGGUUGGUGUAUGUUACAUGAAAUGCUCAGAGAUCAGGGAAGGGCAUUGUCUAAAAGCAACUUAGCAUGAAUGAUGAAUCAUGACCAAGGAUUUGGAAGUGUAAUAUAGUUCGGCAUUAGUUAUUAGUAAGCAGUUAGCACCCUUUUGUCUGUGAUAUGAUCAUUGCUGAAG